AUGUUAUCGCCAUCUGGGGCGUCAGCCGCUGAAUUGGAUGAAGCGCUUAACCAGUACAUAUCAGCGAUCCACCCUACCGUGUGUCCUCACCUAACACCCCGACAUUUGCUUCGUGUCAUUCCCGCUCAACCACUUCCCGUGAGAACUGUGUGGCGAAGGGCGAUAUCGAUGGAAACGGUGCCAUCAGACAUGUCGUUUGAGGCGUUUAAGAGCGCUCUUAUGCCUCUUGUGCCACUGUUCCUUUCCUUAAGCUCGACAACACUUGGUGAAGAUGGAGAUGAGGGGCCGCUUGUGCGUUGGCAGCCUUGGGUAUCUGAUGGGUGGCGUAACGAGCAAGAACGUACGCGUGAGCAAUGCGGAGAUGGCGUGAUUUCCGAAUUAAGUGGUGUUGUUCCCACUUACUUCGUAUCGUAUGCGCUGUUGAAGGAACAAACACGCCUCGGGCAGUUAUCUGUUGCCACGCUCCACACGCUGGAGCGGAAGGAGCUGGUUGGCGGAUCGGUGCCCCCUGUUCUCGAGUGGUCGGAAGACCAUAGUGUUGUUCGUCUCUCAAAUGAAGUCAUCGCAUCGUCUUCGUCAACAAGAACAGCUAACUCAUUUUAUUCCCUGCAGUCUCAACCUGAGGUGCUUCGCCGCGCCGUGAACAUUUUGGCCCUUCUGUUACCAACGUUCAAAGCUUCCGUGGGUGAGGUGCGGGCAGUGUACAAAUUAAACUUCAUCACACCAGGAGGGCUGCGGCACUCUGCAAUCACACAUGAGUUCGCGAUCCGUUUCCCUGAUGCACUUGCGUUGGUUGACCACCCCGACGUGCAGUUUGUGAUAGAUCGCGAUAGUGAAGGGUGCGUUAUGCUGCAUUCAACGUUUCUGCACACCAGCCGUGGUGCAGCGAAUGUAUUGUAUAUGUGCACAUCAGUGGGUCAUCCCCUAUCUAUUUCCGCUCACGGCGUAGACACAAAUGAAGGCGCGGGAUGCCUGGAUCGGUAUUAUUUGCGCGUUGAUCUGCCGUAUGCGCCGCGCUGCGGUGACGAGGUGGUGCUGCAGGCCAUCUGUAGCGCAACAGUCACAGGACUUUACUGUGUACAGCAACCGGAUAAAGAUAGAUUCUCUCUGGAAAUUGCCACUGCUCAGGGUGCUGUAAUCGUUUUUGACAGCACCAUUUCACUGCUUUGUCGUCUAUCCACAGCGGGUGCACCUUGUUGCGGUUUCCCCGCGGAGAUCGUCACACUCCUUGCAUCCCCAAACAUCGUGAAGCUAAUUCAUGCAGCCCCAACUGUCUGUACGGGCAACCAAGGGGUGUAUGGAAAUGUUCUAGACGGGCUUCCCCUUCUCUACGCGCACUUGAAGACAGAUUUUCAGUGUGUUUGUACUUUUCAUCAGUUGGCAUUGUUUGUUGGUAUUCCCACAACUGAAACAGAGAGGCCCGGACAAUACUCACUGCUUUCUAACCGUCUUAUCACAUGUCAUGGUGGUGUUGCAUUGCCACAUGUCCGACCUGCACUACUGGCCGCGGUCUGCGCCUCCCGCCUUAUCGCGCUGCACCUGGCUGACGGCCAUGAAUUCGACAGGGCGCUACUCCAACAAUUACUGCGUGACGCAGUUGAAGGAAGUAAUGCACUGGUGAUGCGCAACCUGCAACUACGGCUAAAGCGUUAUGGUAUGGAACCCCAUGGGACGUGUACCAAACACUCGUGUGAAGCUCUGCUACAGGAGUUUUUGGUGGUAUAUGGCCCAGAGGUGUGUUUCGUUGAUAAGUUUGAUGAUUUCCUUUCGCGCGCUGCCUCGAGCACUGAAAUUGCACGUACAGUCGGGAAAAAUCGAAGCGAAGAGGAUGAUGGGGAGUAUAUCAGAGAGCUGCUACUUGAUCAGCCAACAUCUACCGUUGAGAGGGAUGAAGAGGAUAUGGAUGUGGAGCAUGAUGUCCAGGGUGAACUUAGCAAGUGUUGUAAACAGAAUGUAGGAUCUGGUGACAGCGAGGUGACAAAACGUAGCGAAGGGGAACAAGAUAAUAUGGAGGAGGCUUACAAUUUUCUAUUUGAUUGCAGCGGUGCCGGAGCAACAGACAAGGGAAGUAACAUUCCACCGUCGCACCGUAGCUCGAACCAUAUGAAUUGCAGCAGGGGAAACGAACAAAGCGAGAGAUCGACGGUCUUCGUGCUCCCCCUGCCAAACUUGAAGGGGCAUCACAUGACAAGCAGAAAUGUGAGGUGGACAUUACCACCUUCUUUUUCCAGAACGAAUGUCCGCGGUACCACCACCACCAAGGCGGAGCAAUCAGUGAAGACUAUUCAUGGUGCCUCUACGCGGUCGCUGCUACCAGAGCAAAGGGAUCCGACUAACUGGCACAUUGAUAAAAGUGACGAACACACGGAGGGGAUCGCGAGCGAAGGCGCAUUGAUUGAGCGGCUCACGCAGGAGGUGUUGUGCGCCACUUCAUCCUCAAAAACCAAUAAACGGCGGCUGCCGGCUUGUAGCAGCGAUCGGCUCAUAAGUGAGUAA